AUGACUAUCAACUCGUCGGCCAACGGAACUUUCGAUUCCAUCCCUGCUUCUGCUAGCCAUGCUCCCAACGGAAGAGCUGCAGGUGCCCGCCCCUCCGAGCCCAUUGCCAUCGUCGGUGUCAGUGGCAAGUUCGCUGGGUCAGCCAGCACCCCGGAGAACCUGUGGAAGAUGCUUGCCGCUGGUGAGGGUGCUUGGUCGCGCAUCCCCGAGGACCGCUUCGACGUGAACUCUUUCUACCACCCGGACAAGGACAGGGCCGGACGCAACCACGCCAUUGGUGGACACUUCAUGGACGAGGAUGUCGCCCUUUUCGAUGCCGGUUUCUUCAACCUGCCCGCUGAUGUGGCUAGUGCCAUGGACCCUCAGCUUCGUUUGUUGCUAGAGUCGGUCUACGAAGCCAUGGAGGAUGCUGGUAUCCCCAUGGAGAAGAUUGCUGGUACCGACACAUCCAUGUACACGGGCUGCUACGGCAAAGAUUACCACGACCUGCACAGCCGUGAUCCCGAGGCCAUGCCCGCGCCUUUCCUCACGGGCAAUGGUACCGCCAUGCUUUCCAACCGUGUCUCCCACUUCUACGAUCUUCAGGGUCCCAGUAUGUCCAUUGACACUGGUUGCUCGGCUGGUCUUGUCGCUCUGCACCAGGGUUGCCGUAGCAUCCAGUCUGGAGAGUCUGAGCUGUCUAUCGUUGGAGCCAGUACCACCAUCUUGAACCCCGACUUGUACAUCGCUAUGUCUAUGUUGAGCAUGGUCGGCGAAGAGGGCAAGUGUUAUGCAUGGGAUGCUCGCGCCCAGGGCUACGGAAGAGGAGAGGGUGUUGCCACCCUUGUGCUGAAGUCUCUCGACGCCGCUAUCCGGGAUGGCGACCGCGUUCACGCUGUCAUCAGAGAGACCGGAUUGAACCAGGAUGGAAAGACCCAGACCAUCACAUCUCCUUCUAUCGACUCGCAGGUCAAGCUCAUCCAACAGUGCUACCGCAAGGCUGGCCUUGACAUUGCCGACACUGGUUACGUUGAGGCCCACAUGACGGGUACUCCUACCGGUGAUCUUGCUGAGGCCACUGCCUUGGCUCAGACCUUCGGAAAGAGCCGUCAACCUAACGACCCUGUCUAUAUCGGCUCUGUGAAGACGAACAUUGGUCAUACUGAGCCUGUCAGUGGUCUUGCAGCUGUGAUCAAGACCAUCUGGGCCAUGAAGCACAAGCAGAUCCCACGGAACAUCAACUACGAGACACCCAACCCUAAGAUUCGCCAGCAGGAGUGGAACCUCACGGUCCCCACCUCGCUUACCCCUUGGCCCCAGAACAAGGCUCUGCGUGCCUCGAUCAACAACUUCGGAUAUGGUGGUACCAACGCCCACGUCAUUCUCGACGGAGCCCCUGAGCAGUUCCUUGAUGCCAGUGGCCGCCAGAUCGAGGAGACCCCCAGAGCGCGCGUCCACAUCGUCAGUGCAAAGGAUAAGGUUGCCCUGAAGGCUAUGCUCGCAAAUCUCGCGGAGUGGGCUCCCGAGCAUCUUGAUGACAGUGCUCUCGGAGAUUUGGCUUACACUCUGGCUGAGCGCCGGUCCAGACUCCCCUGGAUGUCGGCUGUGAGCGCUAGCUCCGUCACUGAACUAGCUGAACGCUUGAAGGAACCUACCAUCAAGAUGUCUCAUGCCACCAAGAAGCCUCGUCUCGGAUUUGUUUUCAACGGUCAGGGUGCUCAGUGGCACGCUAUGGGCCGCGAGCUGAUUGGAGCUUACCCCAUCUUUGCUGAAAGUGUUCACAAGGCUGACAAGAUCCUCAAGGGUCAUGGUGCGACCUGGUCUCUGUACGAGGAACUCUUGCGCGACGCAAAGACCACCCGCGUCUCUGAGGUCAAUCUGAGCCAGCCUAUCACGGUCGGUCUCCAGUUGUGUUUGAUUGAUCUGCUCAGAUCUUGGGGGGUCGAGCCAUCUGCCAUCACCAGUCACUCCAGUGGUGAAAUUGCGGGUGCUUAUGCGGUCGGUGCCCUGACAUUCUCGGAGGCUCUUGCUGCUGCUUUCUACCGUGGUGAGCUUGCUCUCCGCAACGAAGCCCUCAAGUCCCUUUCUGGUGGUAUGAUGGCCGCUGGUCUGGGUCAGGAAGAAGCCGCGAAGUACAUCGCCGACACCGACAAUGGCCGUGUCGUCGUGGCUUGUGUCAACUCUCCCGGCAGUGUUACCCUCUCCGGAGAUCUUCCCGCCCUCGAACAGGUAGAAGCUCGUCUACAAGCCGAUGGUAUCUUCGCGAGAAGACUCAAGGUUCCGCUUGCUUACCACUCGCACCACAUGCUUUGCUUCGCGCAGGACUACACUGACAGCCUUACCAAGCUGCUUGCCGCUCAGCCCAAGGACGGUGACUGGGUCAACAAGGUUCGCUUCGCAUCCCCAGUCACUGGAAAGGUCGUCACCUCCGCCGAGACUCUGGGUCCCAAGCACUGGGCCGACAACCUGACCAACGCGGUCCUCUUCAGUCAGUCCUUCGACGCCAUGUGCUUCAACGAGGAUGGGAAGCGCGAGGUCGAUAUGAUCGUCGAGCUUGGUGCCCACAGCACUCUUGCUGGUCCUAUCCGCCAGAUCCUCAAGCCCCGCGAGGAGAUCCCCUACGUCUCAUGUUUGCAGAGAGGCAUCAAUGCUGUUGAGACCAUGCAGAACGUUGCCUGCGAGCUUCUGAGCAAGGGAUACCCUGUGUCCAUUGAGGCUGUUAACUCUCCUCUUGGUGAGAAGCACCACUUCGUCCACGACUUGCCCACUUACGCCUGGAACCACUCGACCCGCUACUGGACCGAGCCUCGCGUGAACAAGGAGAUCCGCCACAAGAGAUUCGCUCCCCACGAGCUGCUUGGCAGUCUGCUUCCUGGUGAUAACGGCCUGACCCCGACCUGGCGGAACUUCCUGCGUCUCUCUGACGUCUCUUGGCUCAUUGACCACCAGAUUGACGGUUCUGUCGUUCUUCCUGGUGCAGGCUACAUUGCAAUGGCGAUCGAGGCUACGCGUCUUCUCGAUGGACCCGCAGACACCAUCACUGCUUUCCAGCUGCGUGAUAUUGAGAUCACCAACGCUCUCGCUAUCUCGGACUCCUCUGCGGGUGUCGAAACUCAGCUUCAGCUUCGUCCCUCCGACAAGGAGGCUGGCUGGUACGAGUUCCUGCUCUCUUCUCUGACUGCUGCCGGCACCUGGAUUGUGAACUGCAAGGGCUCCGUCAAGGCCGAGAAGGAUGAAAGCGCGAAGGAGGCCUCGCAAGAAGCCGCUCUUCACUCCGAGUCUUUCUUCCACCCAGGUGUCAAGCCCACUCAGGUCAGCGAGGAUGCUCUGUUCGCUAGCCUGCGCCAGUCUGGUAUUUACCACGGCUCAUCCUUCCGCAACCUUGGGGAUAUCCAGACCGUUAGAAAGAAGGCCAUCACUGACCUCACCAUCCCCACUGUUGUCUCCGAGGCACAUGACUAUGUCAUCCACCCCACCACUCUCGACGCCAUUGUGGUAGCUGCCUACACCAACCUGCCCAAGAAGCUCCUGCAGUCCUCCAUGGUCGUUCCUCGGUCCAUGCGCAAGUUGACUAUCCGCAGCGGUCUCAACCGCCACAGCGGCGAGAAGCUCCAGGCAUUCACUGAGAACCUGAGCGCGGACAGCCGAGGAUUCAGCUCCAACAUUGCCGUCAUCAACCAGGAUGAUGAGCGCUCGCUGCCAGUCUUCGAGCUGGACGAAUUCUUCGCCCAGGCUGUUCCUCGUGGCGCUGAGAACCCCGAUGCCAACCUUCCAAUGACUUCCAAGCUGCAGUGGGAGCUCGACAUCUUCACUUCCAAGCCGGCUGCUGCUUUCGCGGACUCUCUCCGCAUCACGCCCACUGACCAGCAGGCGGAGUUCGAGAACAAGCUGCUACGUGCUACCUACCUCCACAUUGCUGAUGCUGUUCGCGAGAUCGAGAAGACCGGCUACAACAAGACUUCGGAGAAGUGGGAGGCCCACAUCCAACGCCUCUACGAAUGGCUGAAGGAGGUUGUCAAGCUCGGAGAGACUGGAAAGCUCGCCCCUCGCAGCAAGACCUGGCCACGCACCAGCAAGGGUAUGAAGCAGAUGCUUGUGGAUGAGCUGAUCGCCAGCAAGAACGCUUCCGCUUCUCUCACCGUCCGUAUCGGACAGCAGCUUGCAAGCAUCAUCCGUGGCGAGGUUGCACCUCAAAGCCUGGCCAAGGAUGGUGACCUGGCGCAGGAAUACCUGGCUGACUACCCCAAGCUAAAGGAGAGAACUGGCGCACAACUCGCUCAGAUCAUUGAGCUGUUCGCUGUGAAGCGUCCUGGUGCCAAGGUCUUGGGUCUCGGCGCUGGUCUGGGAGCUGCUGCUACUGAGACUGUUCUGCAGGCCUUUGCUGCCCGCGCCUCUGACGGUACCCGGUCCCUCCUGGGUCACUACACCUUCACUGCUGCCUCAUCCGACUCGCUCCAGGCUGCUAGCCAGAAGCUUGCUUCUUGGUCUGACCUGAUCGAGUUCAAGGCUCUCGACAUCGAGAAGAACCCCCUCGAGCAGUCCUUCGAGCGUGGAUAUGACCUCAUCAUUGCCUCACAGGCAUUCCAGGGCACCGAGUCCGUGCAGACCGCCCUCUCCAACGUUCAGAAGCUCCUGGCUCCUGGGGGCAAGCUGAUCCUCAUCGAAACCACCAAGGACCGUGCCGACUCGCAGCUCGUCUUUGCUACCUUGCCAAGCUUCAAGGAGUCCAAAUCGGUCGAAUCCUGGGAUGCUACUUUACGCGAUGCAGGCUUCUCGGGAGUUGAUCUCGAGGUUGCCGAUUCCGAAGAGCCCAGCCUCCAGACUCUCAGCCUGAUCUUGACUACCGCCAAGUCCACCAAGUCCUCAUACCCUUCCACCAUCUCCAUUGUCCACCCUGCCACUGUCACCCCCCCCGCUGAGUGGGUUGAGGAGCUCAGCACUGCUAUCCAGGCUCGCACUGGUGUUGCUCCUAUUACCGAGAACUUGGAUGAGCUCGAGGCAUUUGAGGACAAGGCUAUCAUCUUCACUGCUGAAUUGGAGAAGCCCUUCGUCCACCACAUUGGAGAGGCCGACUUUGGCAAGCUGCAGAAGCUUCUGGUCAACAGCCAGAACCUCCUUUGGCUGAGCGCGGGUGGUGCGAUCGACUCGGAAAUUCCCGUCUACGGCCAGACCCAGGGUCUCCUCCGUACUGUGCGCCAGGAAGAUGCUGGCAAGCGUUUGAUCCAGCUUGACUUCACUGCCGCCACCGACCUGAUCCCCUGGACCAACGACAAGAUUGGCCACAUUGUGGAUGUGUUUGAGCAGAGCUUCGAUUCCAGCCUCACUGCUGCCGACCGUGAGUGCGAAUACUCGGUCAAGAACUCGACCCUCCACAUCUCCAGAGCCUACCCUGAUCUGGAUGUUCAAGAACUCUCUGAUAUUACCCCCGUCUCCCUCAACAAGUCUGACUCGACCUACUUGAUUGUUGGUGGUAUGGGUGGUAUUGGUCGGUCCAUUGUGUCCUGGCUCAUGGAGAACGGAGCUAAGAACUUGCUCGUUGUUUCCCGCAAGGCAGAGGCCAGCUCUGAGGUGCCCGACAUGCAGGCCGCGGCCAAGGCUGACGGUUGCAACCUUCAAAUCCGCUCCUGCGACGUCUCUGAUGAGCAGGCCUUGGUGAAGCUGCUGAAGGACACUGCUGAUGUUCUCCCCCCUGUUCGUGGUGUGAUCAACGCGGCCAUGGCCCUCGAGGAUACGGUGCUCGAGCGUAUGACCUACGACCAAUGGCAGAAGGGUAUCCGGGCCAAGGUCGACAGCAGCAUCAACCUUAACACCCACUUGCCCAACCUUGACUUCUUCAUCUUCCUCUCUUCGGUCACUGGUGUGGCUGGCCACACUUCCCAGUCCAACUACACUGCGGGUAACACCUUCCAAGAUGCCCUGGCACGUCACCGUACCCUUCAGGGCGAACCCGCUAUUGCCCUUAACCUGAGUGCCAUCAAGGGUGCUGGUUGGGUUGCCUCGCAAGGAGCUGAGGGUGAGCAGGAGGUGCUCAAGCGUGUGGAGCACCUGGGUGCAGUCUCCGCCGAUGUUGACUUUGUCCUUGAGUUGCUCGAGAAGUCCAUUCGGGAGCCCCGCCCCACCAGCCCCGCCGACAGCCAGGUCGUCGUGGGUCUCGCCCGGGAUGAUGCUAUUCCCGAAGACUCUGUCACUCGUCUCGACCGCCGCUUUGGCACCCUUCGUCUGUCUACCCCGCGCGGAGCAUCCUCCGACGCUGCCGAGGCCUCCGGCAAUGCCGACAGCCUCGCCGUCCUCAACCGCGCCCUAGCUGCUGGCCCUGUGUCCAAGGCCGACGCUGUCAAGCUGAUUGUGGAUGUGGUUGCCGGCAAGACGGCCUCCAUCUUCAACAUCGAGCAGGAAGUCAUCGACCCGAGUUUGUCGCUGUCCAAGUACGGUGUCGACUCCCUGGUCGCAGUCGACCUGCGCAACUACCUGGCUACGAGCCUCAGGGCCAGGGUGUCCAUCUUCGACAUCCUCCAAACCCCGUCUUUGGCGGAGUUCGGCGCCCUGCUGGCGGAGAAGAGCGAAUUGAUUGCCAAAUAG